CUAUUAUUUUGGAAAGGAUGUAUGCGAUUUAUAAACAAACGCACCCUCCGACAGGGAUCGAACACUGCGUCUACUGUCAAUUCUUUUCGCCAGCUGAAAACAAUCUUGUUGUGGCGGGGACAUCACAGCUUCGUAUCUACAAGUUUUAUACCCAAGAUGAGCAUAACUCAACAGGAUCAGCAUCAUCAGACAAGACAGGAGAUGGUACUGCAAAGAGAAGGAAGUUGGAGCUUGUCAGCCAGUAUUCUUUGUUUGGCAACAUAGAAUGCCUUAAAGCUGUUAGGUUAGCUGGAAAUUCAAGGGACUCACUGCUAUUGAGCUUUAAGGAUGCCAAGUUUGCUGUGGUGGAUUAUGAUCCAGGCACUCAUGACUUGAAGACAAGAAGUUUGCAUUACUUUGAAGAUGACAAAAUAACCAAGAGUUGCAAUCAAGAGUAUUUUCGGCCUCCUGUGGUGUGUGUGGAUCCUGAUCGACGCUGUGCAGUGAUGCUUAUCUAUGGCACACAUAUUGUGGUUUUACCAUUUAGACAAGAAGGAGUAUUGGAUGAACACGAGCAGGAAGGAACUUUUACAGCAAGUGGUGAUCGAUCUCCUUUGUUACCAAGUUACACCAUCAACCUCAAAGACAUUCAUGAAAAGUUGUGCAACAUUAUAGAUAUUCAGUUUCUUCAUGGUUACUAUGAACCUACCUUGUUAAUACUUUAUGAACCACUGCAAACUUGGCCAGGCCGUCUUGCCAUGCGACAUGACACAUGUGCUUUGGUCGCUGUCUCCCUGAAUUUAUCUCAGCGCACUCAUCCAGUUGUGUGGUCCCUGAAUAAUCUGCCAUUUGAUUGUAGUCAAGUUCUUGCUGUACCUAAGCCAAUUGGAGGAGUGUUGGUUUGUGCUACAAACUCUCUGCUGUACCUUAAUCAGAGUGUUCCACCAUAUGGUGUGUCAUUAAACAGCAUAGCUGAACACAGCACAGACUUUCCUCUAAAGGUCCAAGAGGGUGUGGUGAUCACCCUGGAUGGUGCCCAGACUUUGUUUAUAUCAUCAGACAAACUGGUCUUUUCACUUAAGGGGGGAGAAAUUUACGUUGUAACCUUGGUAACUGAUGGAGUGCGGAGUGUACGGGGCUUUAAUUUUGACAAAGCAGCAGCAAGUGUGCUUACUUCCUGUGUUUGUGAGUGUGGAAAUGGGUAUUUAUUUCUUGGAUCUCGACUUGGCAACUCAAUCCUUGUCAAAUACACUGAAAAGGAGGAACUAGGUACAGAACCAGAUUUGUUCUCACCAGGAAUGGACCCGCCACAAGCCAAAAGAAGAAGACUGGACACAGAUUACACAUAUGCUUUAGAUGAUCUGGACGAGUUGGAAGUGUAUGGUAAAGAAGAACAAUCUGGGGUGAAGCUCACAUCAUACUCAUUUGAAGUAUGCGACAGUUUGCUCAACAUUGGACCUUGCACUAGUGUUGAUAUGGGAGAGCCUGCAUUUCUUUCGGAAGAGUUUUCUGGUGGUAAGGAGCUGGAUUUGGAACUUGUUUCAUGUUCUGGGUAUGGAAAAAAUGGUGCAUUAUCAGUUCUACAGCGAAGUGUGAGACCUCAAGUUGUGACAACAUUUGAGCUUCCUGGCUGUGUUGACAUGUGGACAGUUUUGUCUGGUGAACAGGGUGACAACAGCUAUCACUCAUUCCUACUGCUCAGCAGAGAGGACUCUAGCAUGGUGUUAAAGACAGAACAAGAGAUUAUGGAGCUUGAUCACUCAGGCUUUACUUCCCAGUACCCCACUGUUUUUGCUGGAAAUCUUGGGAAUGGAAAGUACAUCUUGCAGGUAACUCCUCAAGGUGUUAGCUUGUUAGAAGGAGUAACACAGUUGUAUCACAUUUCACUGGAUGCUGGCUUGUCAUCAAUUGUCUGGUGUUCACUGUCUGAUCCUUAUGCAGUCAUGAUGACAGCAGAUGGUUCCAUUAUUUUACUUGAGUUUACAUUGGAAGGUACAGAACCUAAGGUGAAGAUAUCCAGGCCACAGAUAAACCAAGGGGGGAAAGUCUGCGCCUGCUGUGCAUAUAGAGAUGUCAGUGGUAUCUUUUCCACAGAGAAGGUGGACCAGUCACUCAGAAAAGUUCAACGUCAAACCAGUACUCCCACCACUCCCAAAAGUAUGGAUGUGUUAGAUGAGGAUGAACUGUUGUAUGGAGAAUCAUCUUUGCCAUUUACAUCUGAUGAAGAAGCACAAGAACAGAAGAACGUAAAUGACAGUGUUUUCACAGGGGAAUCAAAUGCUGAAACAGUGAAUCCAACAUGGUGGUGUGUUGUUUGUCGUGACAAUGGUGUCUUGGAGAUUUACACUUUACCUGAUUUCAAGUUGGUUUUCUUGGUGAAGAAUUUCAAUAUGGCUCCAAGAGUGCUCGUGGACAGUGGGUCUGCUUCUGGUGUAAGUAUCACAGGCAGUGUCGGUCAGGAGGAUUCUUCGCCUGUCAGGGAAAUUUUACUAGCAGGCUUAGGGCACAAAAACAGCAGACCUAUGCUUAUUGCACUUGUGGAACAGGAACUUUUGGUGUAUGAAGCAUUCACUUUCACUGAAGCUUCUGUAGAAAGUCACCUUAACUUAAGGUUCAAGAAGGUCCAACACAAUCUGCUCCUGCGUGACAAGAAAUCAAAGCAGCAAAAAGUAAAGCAGGUUGAUGGUAUUCAAGGGACAAAACCAAAAGUGUCCAGUCUCCGUGUCUUCAGUGAUGUCUCAUCCUAUUCAGGGGUGUUUUUGUGUGGUUCCUACCCAUACUGGCUGUUUGUUACCAGUAGAGGUGCGCUGCGAACUCAUCCGAUGAACAUUGAUGGCGCUGUCACUUGCUUUGCCCCUUUCCAUAAUGUCAACUGUCCCAAAGGUUUUCUUUACUUCAACAAGAAGGGGGAGUUAAGAAUUUCAGUUCUCCCAACCCAUCUUAGUUACGAUGCCCCGUGGCCUGUAAGGAAGGUUCCUCUGAGAUGCACUCCUCAUUUUGUGACUUACAACAGAGAAAGCAAGACAUAUGCAGUUGUCACAAGCUUGUCAGAACAAACUAAGAGAGUGGUCAAACUGAACACCGAGGAUCAUGAAGCUGAAGAUAUCGAUAGAGAUUCAAGAUUUGUAUAUCCAAUUAUUGACCGAUUCAGCCUACAGCUUAUCUCACCAGUUAGUUGGGAGAUUAUACCAGGCACACGAAUUGAGAUGGAGGACUGGGAACAUGUCACCACCUGCAAGAAUCUUAUGCUAGCAAGUCAGGAGACUCAUGCAGGUCACAAGGGUUUUAUUUGUGUUGGCACAACUCAUGUGUACGGUGAAGAUAUUACCUGCAGGGGACGGAUUUUAAUAUUUGAUAUCAUUGAAGUUGUCCCCGAACCGGGCCAGCCACUGACCAAGAAUAAGUUUAAGAUGUUGUACGGAAAGGAACAGAAAGGUCCAGUCAGUGCUCUGACUCAAGUCAAUGGUUACCUUGUAAGCGCCAUAGGACAGAAGAUUUACAUCUGGAAUUUCAAAGAUAGCAAUGAUUUGGUGGGAAUGGCAUUUAUUGACACGCAAAUGUACAUUCAUUCGUUAAUGUCCAUCAAGACUCUGAUUAUUGCAGCUGAUUUAUGCAAGAGCAUCACUCUCCUUCGAUUACAGGAGGAAACGAAGACUCUGGCAUUCGUUAGCAAGGAUCCAAAACCAUUAGAAGUGUAUUCAGCCGAUUUUGUUAUUGAUGGUCCACAACUGGGAUUUCUUGUAUCAGAUGGUGAUCAAAACUUGCUUUUACUCACUUAUCAACCAGAAGCUGUUGAAAGCUUCGGUGGUCAGCGACUUCUUCAGCGAGCGGAUAUUAACAUAGGAAGCCAUAUUACUUCAUUCUUCAGGAUCCGUGCAAGAACAACAGGAAAAGUUGGCGGUAAAGACUUGAGACAGCUGACUUGCUUUGGCACACUGGAUGGUGGGCUUGGACUGUUAUUACCUAUGACUGAGAAAACAUACAGACGACUACACAUGCUGCAAACCAAACUUGUCGAAUGCAUUCCACACGUCGCUGGUCUUAAUCCAAAGGCUUUCAGACUUGUACGAGGUAAGAAACGAAGCUUGAACAAUCCUCACAGAAAUAUAUUGGAUGGAGAGUUACUCGGUAAAUUUCUGCAGCUUGGCACUAUGGAAAAACUUGAGGUUGCAAAGAAAAUCGGCACCACGCCAGCUCAGAUUCUUGACGACUUGAUGGAUGUUGAAAGAUCGUGUUCACAUUUCUGAGGGCAACGCCUGAGAGGUGCUGAAAUACAAGUGAAAGAUCAUGAUCGCAUCAAGGAUGUAACUUUUCCUUUACGGACAAUUGUACCGGGAUGACAAUUAGUUACUAUACUUUCUUUUUUCGUUAAAAUCUCCAAGAAGUUAGAGAACUUUACUAAUCAGAGGUUACAAAAUUUAUAAAACAUUGUCAUGUAGAUUCCCAAUCUCUUACACUUCUCUUACGCGUCCUCAGCGUGAUAAAUGUCGAAAUACAUGUAAUUUUUUGUGAGUUGUCGGACCCGCCACCUAAAUAGAAUGGUCUACUACUUUUAUUGCUGAUGUGAAUCAUAAUUUAAGAAACCACCCAUUGUCUCUUGGCUUGAUUAUGAGUUAUUUGUUUCAAGUGGUCCUGUUAGUAGCACUUCCUAGAAAGUUGUUGAUAUUGUUUCUCUCCUGUUUUUAUUGUGUACAAAGAAUUCAAAUUCUGUGGUCUACACUUGUAUUUUGUUUAAUCGAGAUUGACCGCGUAAAAAGUAUUCCCGUCAACUACGUAAUUGUCAUUAGCUUGAUCGUGACGUUGAAUGACUCACUAGUAGCGAGCUAAACAACAAUGGUCAUGCCUCAUUGUUAUGAAAUCGCUCUAAAAAUCUAGUAGGACUACGAAUAGAACCCGACACAUGUUUUGGGGAAGAAAUCGCUAACUAAAU